AUGGAUGUUAAAUCAGUGCCUGAGCAAUAUAUCCUGAAGAGGUGGACAAAGUUAGCAAGAAGUGUGUCUUUACCUAAUGUUAGUGUUCGUCAUGUAGUAGAAGAUGCUCAAUUGACUUCAACACAACGUCGUAGAGACAUUUGUCCCCGUCUUAUGAGGAUAGUUGAUGAAGCAUGUAGGAGUCAAGAAACAUACACGUUGUUGAGCAAAGUUACUGAUUUAUUGGACAAGGAAAUGUUAGAGUUUCAAAAUAAACAAGUAAGUAAUACUCAAGUUAAUGAGUUCCUUAGUAAUGUUAUAGAGAUUGCAAGAAACAAUGAUGGUUCAACACAAGUAAAGGGGUUCAAGAAAAAAGAAGGUAGAAAAGGUUCAAAGCGUUUGAAAGGUUGGGUAGAACGCCAACUUAGUAAACGAAAGAAAAAGGGUGACUCAAGUGCUUCACAAGAUCAAGAUCUUACUAAGGAAAUUAAUGAUAUUUCAAGUCAAGUUAGUGUUACUAGUUUUACUAGUUUAUUGAUGGCACCACUUGAUGGGGAUAUCACAACUUUGACCAAUCCAUAG